CACAGCGGGGCGGAGUGGGGACACUGGCCUGGAGACCCGGAGGAAGGACACCCGCGCUGCUGUGGCGUGUGCGUCCUAGUUUAAGGUAUGAGUUGGGCUGGGGAGCGGCGGAGCCAGCCAGUCAGAUUCAGGAAGUCGAGUUCCUGACCUCAUGAGCAGAGCUGGGUGCUGUGAAACCUCAACCAGGGACGCGGGGGCGCUUUCCUCCGCAACACACGGGUGGCACCCACUGAUCCGCAGAACCUCCUCCCUCCCGGGACCUGGCAGUGGGAGGGAGGGGCUAGAGGAGGGACCCAGACCUCAACCCUGUGCCCAAGUCACUUCAGACAGCACCGGAACAGAUCCAGCGGUCCUGCCAGCAGGAAGCCUUCCAGCGGACCCAAAGAUUAUCCCCAGGAUGGAGAUAAAGAAACCGAGGCCCAGAGCAACUGAGUGAUUGUCUCAUGACACAUCCUUAGGCCUCAUACCCAGACAGAUAGAAGAAGCUUGUGGAGAAACAGCGAUGAAUGAAUGACUCUUUGCAGCUCCAUACCACAGAGGAUUGUGGGGAUCAAUAAUACUUUGUUUCUAGGAAACUGAAGGUGCUCCCAGUGGCUUCCCCAAAUGUGAAGCCAAAAGAAAAAUAAAUUCCAAGUGGCUAACACCGUGUUCUGUGAGGCCCAGGGCUUGUUAGAUAAUUGGGAUCCUCUGGCCCCACACUAGCCCAGCACCAUGGAAAGAAACAGUACCUUCUUCGACUCCAUCUGGGAAACCAUCCUGACCAGACACGAAAGAGGGGUCUUCAACACCGUCUGCCUGGCUGUGCUCCUGGGGCUGCCCCUGGUGGUGCUUCUCACCCUCUUCUUCAUCUGUUGCCAUUGCUGCUGUAGCCGGCCACCCAAGAGCAACCAACAGGCAGAACAGAACAAGAAGAAAAAGAAAAAGAAGAAGAAGAAGAAGAAAGAUGAAGACCUCUGGAUCUCUGCUCAGCCCAAGCUCCUGCAGAUGGAGAAGAGGCCAUCACUGCCUGUCUAGUGAGCAAGGAAGCCAACCACAGAGACUUAGAGGAGUCUUUAAAGUGAUGCAUUUACACCCACAGAUUACUCAACCAAGGGACAGAUUUCAGACUGAGCAUCCCAAUGGACCAGAGUGUAUAGACAAUUCUUACAAUGUCUUGGCAGCUAUGUGUCUGAUAACAGUGCUCUCUGGUGUAGCAUGUGCUGUGGUUUCUGGUAUACUCUCUCACAAAAGCACAGAAAACAUGUAUACAUGCAUCUUAGAUAGCAUUCAACUCUGUAUGCAUCAUAUGUAUGCACAUUUGGACAACAGGUACAUGGGACAGGAUAUUCUAUUUAUCACGUGGCCAUGUAAUAAGUAUUUUUGCUCAAAUAUACCUACCUGAAAUGCCUAUGGGAAGGCAUUCCGGUUUGGGCACAUGUGCACAAUUAAGUAGCCAUGAUGCAAGUUGGCAUUAUGCACUGUCUGUAUGCCACACAGGGUGGAGACGGAUGCUUCCUGUUUCUAUUCCUACAUAGCAUUUACUGGAAAUGCAUUUGGACAUUCUAGGAACCUGGUACAGUCCCCACUUCGCUAUACAUUGAUAUGGAUAGCAGGUGGCUUCUAUAUGUGCCUGACCUUUUUCCUGUACCUAAAAGUUUAAAGUAUGGCUCCAAAUCCACUCAAAGCUCUUUGCUUGCAAUUCACGACAAGGUCCUCAUUACCUCUGACAGCUGUUUAAUGGGGUCCCAGACCUCUCGGGGACAUUACCCCAUAACUACUCAGCAAGGUGCCCUUUUCUAAGCAGUGAUAAACAGCUCUUGGCAGUGACUACAAGAAAGCUAUGGAAAUCCGCAUAUUCACUUCAUUGGACUGCAGGUGUGUAUCCAUGAGAUGUAUAUGGAGAUAGAAAGGGUAAAGCAAUGGCCCACAGGAGCUAGCUAUAAUCCGUGUGACCAGGGCUUUCAGAAUGAAAACAAGUGAGAUCAUCCCAAGUCCAGUCUCAUAACCAGUGCACAUGCGCGCACGCGCGCACGCACGCACACACACACACACACACACACACACCACAACACAUACCAGAAGCAAUCCCUUGUGCUUGCAGCAGUGCAGGAUGUGUCUCGGGUGGGAGGUAGAAGCCAUAGUUUAAAUGAAAGAUAAAACUGUAAAGAUAUUUGUUGCCAUUUAUGUUGAAGCUCAGGCACAUAGCUUGUACACAGUAGGUACUCAGAACUGUGGAUGGAUAUACAGUGAUGUUAAGGAUAAACUUGUAAUACCUCACAGGUCCCCCAAGUGACCUACUCAUUUAAGAGACCCCAUUAACUGCUCCAGAAGCUGAGACAAAGCAUUGAGACCUGGGUGGUAUUGAUAUAUGUGCUCUGUGGUACCUGAGGCCAUGCCAUAUUCUGAGUGGAGGAGAGCCCUCCCCCACCCCCCCAGCCUCCACAGGCUCGAAAAACAAAAAACAAAAAAAAAUCAAAUUGCUUGGCAUUUUGAUUGUAUUGUGGCCGCGUUACAAAGGCAGAGAAUUCCCAGCUUGGAGGUGAUUACACUCUAACAGCUCAUUUGCACAUCUACUGGGGAGCGCUAUAAAUAUUGUCCCUACAGAGACCAUUAUAGACAGUGGAAAAAAUCACUGUCUAAUUAAUGACAUAGCCAAAUUAUGACAUUAUAACAGCAAGAAAAAAAUUCCUGGACUCGAUGAGACUGUGUGAAUGGAAGGUUGUACUCCAUUUGUUCAGCUGGGCUGCCUGGUACUCGUGGUUCUACUCCGACUGUGCUCCAGGCCCUUGGAGGGUAGCUGCCUAGUGGUAGUUCUUACAGCUGGGUCAGUCACAUUCACUCACUCAUCCUGCAUAACCUCAAUGUCACUAGGCACUCAGGCCUUCCACCCACAGGCCUCUCUGACCAAAGCAACACUUUCUGAUUCUCUACCACCUUGCCACAUAGGGAGUUGUGGAUUACCUGGCUGUCCCCCACAUGUCACAUAAUAGUCAGUCUUCUCCCCUUCUGUGCUACUUGGUACCCACCAGAUGUCCUUCCCACUUCUCUCAGUCACCCUAAGACAGAAGACUUGGGGGAAGAGGUGGAGACACAGCAGAGGUGGGAUGUCAGAUACAGGAUCAGGGACCAUACGAAUAACACUGUUUCCGUGACAACUGGCUGCCAGUUUGAAUUAAGACAGAAGUCGGUUUUUACUGAUUGCCAUAGUGAAGCUUCCGUCUCCGGGCCCAGUGUACCUACUGCUUCCUGAUCAAAUAGACUUGAGCUAGUUCCUGUCACGAAACAUCCAGAAGGGCAAUUCCCAGUUGUUUCUGUAUCCUGGAAUCCAGGAGUCCCAACCCUGAUUGGAUCACACUUCCUGUCACAGACUGUCUGACAGCCGGGUCCACGAUGUGAUAGGCCCUCCCACAGAUGCCAGAGAACAGAGACCCAAAGUGGUGCUUGGUACUGCCUUCCUGCCUCACACCCUGCCAGUCCUUCUCGUGUUGCUUCUUCUCCUUGCAUCAUACCAGGUCCUUCCUUUAUGACGACACAUUUUCCCCUUGCUUCAUCCCAGAGUUACCAUGGAUAUAGUCGUGGGGUAGGGGGCUUGGGACCUGUGCCUACCUGAUCCACCUAGGUAAGUUAAUGGAACAAAAGAGGCUCCAGGGAACUGGAGGAAUGGCUCAGCAGUUAAGAGCACUUGUUGCUUUUGUAGAAGACGCAGGUACCAGGCACGCAUGUGGUACGCAUGUAUACAUAGGCAAACCUCUCAUACACAUCAAAUAAAUCUCUUUUAAAAGUAGGAUCCACAAAGAAUAGACCUUCUAAACUGGCAUGGACUUGGGCGUAGGGUUGUUCCCACCCACGGUGGACUUCUAAUCUGCCUUGGUCAUACUCAGAAACCAUCAGAGGGGUCUUUAUCCAUUGUUCUGUGGACUUUUUUGAUUUCUUGGGAGGAGGAAAAAGAACAGGAAAAUGUAAAGAAAAAGCAGUCACUUUUUUGAGAAGAAUAUAUAAAUGAUCCAAGCUGUACAGUAUUUGUCAGUGUUUUGUUUCCUGUAAAAUUCAAAUACAUAUAAAAGUUUAUUUAAAUAAAUAUUUUGAAAAUGAAA